AUGACUAUUUUAAAGUUACUAAUAGUUUCGCUUUUAGUAAGCUAAAUAUUUGCUGUAGGUGCUGAUGUUCUCUGCAGUGAUACUUAAUGCACUACUCCGGGUAAUUGCCCAACCCCUCCUACCAGCACUCCUGCUUUGAGUUGGGGGAAUGGUUUAGGUGCUGGAAGAUGCGCUAUUAAGUCUUGUCCUCUAUCUGGAACUUCAAUUACUGGUACUUCUGAUAUUUAUUGUCAAUCUUGUCCUGGUACUCCUAACGGCAGUAACCAAGCUGUCUUUGCUAACACUGCAGGAAAUGCUUGUGUGGCUUCAAGUGCAACCUGUGGUAAUUCUAGACCUGCUAAUACAUGGACUGAUGCAGAUUGCCUUAUAUGUAAUGGUAAUACUGCUCAAUAUGCAAAUGCUUAUAAUUCUGGUUGCUAAGCAACUAUUCCUCUUCCUGGUACUGAUGUUAGUUGCACUGGUACUGGAUGUGCUAGUCCUGCAAAUUGCCCAACCCCUCCUACUAGCUCUCUUCCUUUGAGUUGGGUGACUGGUUCAGGUGCUGGAAAAUGUGCAAUUAAUGCUUGUCCUCCAUCUGGCACUUCAAUUACUGGUGCUACUGAUCUCUACUGUCAAUCUUGUCCUGGUACUCCUAACGGCAGUAACCAAGCUGUCUUUGCUAACAUUGCAGGAAAUACUUGUGUGGCUUCAACUGCAACAUGUGGUAAUUCUAGAGCUGCUAAUACAUGGACUGAUGCAGAUUGCCUUGCUUGUAAUGGUAAUACUGCUCAAUAUGCAAAGGCUGAUAAAUCUGGUUGCUAAGCAAAUCCUAUUCCUGGUGCUGAUGUUAGUUGCACUGGUACUGGAUGCGUUAGUCCUGCAAAUUGCCCAACCCCUCCUACUAGCACUCUUACUUUAAGUUGGGUGACUGGUUCAGGUGCUGGAAAAUGCGCAAUUAAUACUUGUCCUAAAUCUGGAACUUCAAUUACAGGUGUUACUGAUCUCUACUGUCAAUCUUGUCCUGGUACUCCUAGCGGCAAUAUAUAAGCUGUCUUUGCUAACACUGCAGGAAAUGCUUGUGUUGCUUCCACUGGAACUUGUGGAAAUAGUAGAAAUAUUAACACAUGGACAAAUGCAGAUUGCUUGGCUUGCAAUGGUACAACUAAUUAGUAUGCUAAAUCUGAUAAAUCUGGUUGCUAAUCAACAGCUCCUUCUUCUGCUUAAUCUUCAUCAAACUCAAUGAUAAUUUUAAGCUCAGUUUUAUUUUUAGUUACAUUCCUUUUCUGA